AUCGGCGAACAGCUGACUGGCGGCAUCCGAAUUUACAAACAAUUUGCAGAUUUUAUUUGUUCUAUGCAAAAUGGACUACGAUUUCAAGAUGAAAACGCAAAUUGAGCGUACAAAAGUGGAGGACCUGUUCAACUACGAGGGCUGCAAGGUGGGGCGUGGCACCUACGGCCACGUCUACAAGGCGAAAUGGAAGGAGACAAGCGAUGGCAAGGAAUACGCCUUGAAACAGAUCGAUGGCACUGGACUGUCCAUGUCCGCCUGCCGCGAGAUCGCUUUGCUGCGCGAACUGAAGCACCAGAAUGUGAUUACCCUCAUCCGGGUGUUCCUGUCGCACAACGACCGCAAGGUGUUCCUGCUGAUCGACUAUGCUGAGCACGAUCUCUGGCACAUCAUCAAGUUCCAUCGGGCGGCCAAGGCCACCAAGAAACAGGUGGUGGUUCCCCGUGGCAUGGUCAAGAGUCUGCUCUACCAGAUUCUGGACGGGAUUCACUAUCUGCACAGUAAUUGGGUGCUGCAUCGCGAUCUGAAACCGGCCAACAUCCUGGUCAUGGGCGAUGGCAACGAGCGGGGUCGCGUUAAGAUAGCCGACAUGGGUUUCGCGCGCCUAUUUAAUGCCCCGCUGAAACCACUGGCAGAUCUUGACCCCGUGGUGGUCACCUUUUGGUAUCGUGCUCCGGAACUGCUGCUCGGCGCACGGCAUUACACCAAGGCCAUUGACAUCUGGGCCAUUGGGUGCAUCUUCGCUGAAUUACUCACCUCCGAGCCCAUCUUUCACUGCCGCCAGGAGGACAUUAAGACCAGUAAUCCGUAUCACCACGAUCAGCUGGACCGCAUCUUCAAUGUGAUGGGCUUUCCGCAGGACAAGGACUGGGAGGACAUCAAGAAGAUGCCGGAACAUCAUACGCUGACGAAGGAUUUCAAGCGUUCCACUUACUCCACCUGCUCGCUGGCCAAGUACAUGGAGCGGCACAAGAUCAAGCCGGACAGCAAGGCCUUCCAUCUGCUGCAGAAACUACUGCUGAUGGAUCCCAACAAGCGUAUCACCUCCGAACAGGCCAUGCAGGAUCAGUACUUCCAGGAGGAGCCGCUGCCUACGCAGGAUGUGUUCGCCGGCUGUCCCAUACCAUAUCCCAAGCGGGAGUUCCUCACGGAUGACGAUCAGGAGGACAAGUCGGACAACAAGCGGCAGCAGCAGCAGCAGCAGCAACAGCAGCAGCAGCAGCAACAACAGCAGCAGCAGCAGCAACAACAGAUGAAUGCCGAGCCGAAUGCCAAGAGAGUAAGAUUAUCGGGAGCUGGAAACCAGCAGGACUUCCAUCAUCAGCAGCAGCAGGCCCAACAGCAGCAGCAGCAGCAACAACAGCAGCAACAGCAGCAGCAGAUGAUGUUCAACCAGCAGCAGCAGAACUUCCAGCAGCGAUUCAACUGAGAGACUGACAAAUGCAGCAUUUUUUCUACCACUAGCCUUCUAAGUAUUUAAUGACCCUAGCGCGUAAAACAUACAAAACAAUUAAAGUGUACAACCUAGUACCACUC